AUGAAAGACACCCCUUCCAUCUCUACAGCAGCAAUAGCUUCAGUUUCUACUGCAAAAGCUUCUACUGCAAAAGCUUCUACUGUGAAAGUUUCUACUAAAACACAUUCUGUGUAUCGAUCUGCCUCUCUUAGAGGCCAGCCAUAUCCAAAUCCUGCUGGCACCUACAUGCCAACCUCUGCUACUCGGGAAAUUACGUGA